AACUAAUGAAGGAAUUCCCACACUUAAGACUCGGGGAAUUGUCGUCUGUGCGGAAAGAAUCCCUGUAAUGCUUGAAAUAUGGGACUAAUUUGACGUGUUGUUGGAGUCAACAAUGCCUGGUUUAGUGUUGUUUAAUCGUCGAUGGCAUAUUAGUGGAGAUGAUUUAGUAUUUCCAGGGCUGUUGGAAAUUUUUACGCGGCUCGCAUGGUUAAUUGCUAUAAUUGUGGUUUUUAAUCACCACAAAGAAGCUUUCAGUUGCAAUGAUGGCCAUUUGUUAUGGACUUAUUACAUUGGAGUUAUCACUCUUCUUUCAAUCAGCAUUGUUCUGACAAUUGGUAUAAUCAGUAUAAGCAUGAAAGGGAGCAUUACCAACACAUUUCCUCGAAGAAAGCUACCAUAUUUUCUCUACUUAAAAGUUCUCCUUGGAAUGCCUGAACUUAUCUGGAAUGUACUUGGUACAUUUUGGGCAUUUGGGAAAUCAACUGGUUGCGAUUACAUGUUGGUUUUGACUGUAAAGGGUGCAGUGAUCUGUGGCUGGUGUAUAUGCAUUGUCAUUAGUUUUGGCAUUGUUCUUUUGUUUGAUCCUAUUGGAUAUGGCCAUACUCGAAGAUACCCUUCAGCAAAAGUCUGGGAAGGAAGAUGCAAUGUUAUUUGUUGUUGUUCUCAAAACAAUCCAGAGAGCAAACGAGCAUUAAAUGAUGUUGCAAAGUUGUUUGCUACAAUAUUUCAGGACCUUGAUUUAGUGCCAACUGACAUUGCUGCUGGUCUUCUUCUACUCCAAAGGAGACAGACUCAACGAAAACAUUUAGUUGUCAGCAGACCAAGCCAACCAUCCAAAAGUCGAAAGUCUAGAGAGGCUGUAAACAGGGAAACAGGUCGAAUUCUUGUUUCUGGUGAAGGUAGUGAAAGUAGUGAAUCUAGCCCAACACAUGCAAGUUCUAUAAAUGAUGGUGGCUGUCCUGAGUCUAUGUCAUCUUCAACUGUAUUGCCUAAAGGAUGGAUGCAUUUAGGUGCAAUUAAGUAUUAUAUGAAAUUUGCCAUGGCUAUGUAUGGCUGGCCACUUUAUCUGUUUAUAAACACUUGUACUGGUGGUCUGCGAUUAUGUCCCUUCUACAGAUGUUGUGCCCACUGUAGUAAAGCAGCUGAAGAAGAGCAUGUAACUGGAGACAAUUGUUGUUUGUGUAAUUUAGCUGCAGUGAAAAAGUUCAUUGAAUUCACUGAUGCUGAAAUCAUUCAUGUUUCUUUCCGUGAUGAGAUAUUUCAACCUCCAUUUUUUGUCUCAGUUGACCAUAAAAAUACUGCUGUGGUGAUUGCUGUUAGAGGUACCUUGUCAUUUCAGGAUGCACUUACUGAUUUAACAGCAAAUACUGAAAAGAUGUUUGACUCAGGAGAUCCUGAGUUUUGCUGUCACAAAGGUAUCUUGCAAGCAGCACGUUACAUUCGUGAUGAACUUGAAUUUCAUUCUCUCAUAGAAAGAGGCUUUCAGAAAACAGGUAACCAGAAGAUCGUUGUCACUGGACAUAGCUUAGGAGCUGGUACAGCUGCCAUUCUUGCUAUUCUCUUGAAAGAAAAAUAUAAUGAUGUCUACUGCUUUGCUUAUGCUCCACCUGGUGGCCUUUUGUGUCGUCCAGCCAGUGACUACAGCCAAGAAUUUACCUGCUCUGUUGUUCUAGGUGAUGAUCUUAUUCCUAGAUUGGGAUUAUGUAAUAUUGAAAAAUUGAAGACUGAUGUGGUGGGAGCUGUCAAUGCAUGUGAUUUACCAAAGUAUAAAAUCUUCCUGAGUGGUUUCUGGAAAGUAGUAUGUGGCUUGAAUAUAAACCAUCGUGAAGAAGAUUUCAAUGUUGACGAACCACAACAUAAUUUGGUAGAUGUCAGUUCUAGCAGUUCAUCUGGUCAUUACGGUAGUAUUGGAGAUUCUGUCACACCAGAGAAACAACUUUAUCCACCAGGACUUAUUUUGCAUAUUGUUGAAGAGCAAGGUUCUACUGGUUUCUUCAGUAAACCAACAUACCACAUAGAAUGGACAAGACCAAACGAGUAUACUGAAAUACGUGUCAGUUCAAAGAUGUUAUUAGAUCAUUUACCCAACUCAUUAGAUGAUGCUCUUGAAAGACUUAAUGUGCCUUAUGAAGAGUUUGCUGCUCAAGUAUGAUAUCAACCUUUAAUCUUCUCAUCAAGCUCAUUACAUUAAAUAUUUCUCAUCUCCCACGAACAAAUAUUCAAAUGUUUCAGUCAGUGAUCGUAUUCAGACAUUCAUUAUUUUGCUGCCUACUUAUGGUUGAUGAAUUAACUCUAAUUUAUAAUUGCUGCUGUUUUAUACCUGAUUAUUCUUUUGGUUCUUUACUUAAUUGAUUUUGGAGACUUUCUAAAUAUUUUUCAGUACAACAGAGUGUAUUUUUCUGUUAUAAUUUCAUUAAAUUAUAUUGGAUAUUCUGGUAUGGAUGGCAGUAAACUCUCAGUGUAUGACCUGAUUUUCAAACUUCUUUUACUUAAAAUUUUUAUGCUUUUGAAAGAGGCAUAAAUGUCACUACUCUGUUUCUUUUUCUUCUAAAAUCUGAAGCUUCACGCUUAAGAGGUUGUCAUUGGGGGGGGGGAUGAGCGACAAAAUUGUAUAUUGUAAAUGUUCCAAAUUAAUGAAGCAUGACAUAAAAGGUACAGCAAUAUUUGGCAGAAUAGUUUUUGUUGUCAAGAGGUUGACCUGAUAAAAAUUGACAAAUUUGCUUUUUAUAGUUAGACAUGAAUAUUUUUUCAUUUUUAUUUUUCUGAAUUCCUUUAUUAUAACUGUAUUUUCAUUUUCUCUGAACUUCCAAUAAUAAUCCCACUUUUUUUCCUUUGUAAUAUAAUCAUUGAAACACUGUGAUAAAACCGGAAUGUCAUUCCCUGCCAACAACAUAUGUUUUGGAGCUAUGGGAGUGCAUGGGUGGGAAUUCUUUGAUUCAAAGAAACUUAUAUUUGUCUUCUGUCAAUAUAUUUUACCUAGUAUAAAAAUUAAAGCAUUAGGAUAGAUUGUUAUUGGGGUUAUCAAAAUACUUUAAGACAUAGAGUAAAAGUAUCAGGAUAUUCUGAUGUAAACAAAUUAUAUUUUGAACGUGUAUUAUUUUAAAUAAGAAUGAAACUGUUAAAAAGUAUAAAAUGUCAUAGUUUUGGUCUUUACUACUACUACUACUACUACUACUACUACUACUACUACUAUUAUACAAGACUAGUAAUUAAUUUAAGAUUUUUAUCAGCACAAAUGUAUUUGCACAUAUUAAGAAAUAUCUUUAAAAUGUCUCUUUAAUCAUUUUCUGCACAGGUCAAUAAUUAUUUAUUGAAAGUGUUUAGGUUCACUGAUUUUUGUUUUCUUUUUUUAUUCUCCAAAUCAAGAGACAGUUUUCAAAAUUAGAUUGAAACAAAAAUGCAAAACUAGUAUUGAUGGCCAUUAAAAAAAAAUCAAGUAGUGAAAUAUUUUUGCAUUAUUCAAUUAGUGGCAACUGCAACAAACUGUUUGCCAUUAGCUGUAGCAAUAUUUUGUUCACAUGUAUAUUUAUAUUUAAUUUAUUUUUCUAUAUUUUUAAACACUCUUGUUAAAUGCUUUUAAUUUAACUUAGCUUUAAAUGUAUUUAAUUCCUAAAAUAAAUUGUUACUAUUGUUUGAUUUUAUUUUUACCUUCUAAUUUAUUCCAAAUUGAAAACACCCACCUACUUCUUAUUUUGAUAGUUAAUGCAAAUUACUUAUUUGUAUACUAUAUUAUUUGGUGUAUGUGAUCACAUAGAUAGAGAAGAGAAUAUUGUUCAAAUUUUUAUUUUAUUUGUGUCAUGCUAGUUGAGAAGUUUCAUUGAAGAAAACAAAAUUCAUUUAUGAACUUAACAAUUUGCUGGAGCCUGAUUGAUUUCUGAAGAAUACAUGAACUUAACACAAUAUUUCAGUUAAUAGUAUUUAGCUAUUAAGUAGCAAGAGGUAAAAAUCAAGACUAUUUUGUUAUUCUUCUCUGUAGUGCAAUCAUUACUGAUAAUAUUUAUUCUGUUAACUUAUUAACUUUGCAUUAUAUAUAUAUAUAUAUAUAUAUAUAUAUAUAUAUAUAUAUAUAUAUAUAUAUAUAUGGAAAAUAAUUGCAAAAGUGUAGAAAUAAAUACUAAAUCUAAUUAUAAACUCAUGAAACCUGAUACUAAAUAUACCAAUAAGAAAGGUAAAAAUAAAAAAUUUAGUAAAACAGAAUUUAACAGCAUUGAUAAGAAUAUAUUUGAAAAUUCUUAUAAUAAACAAAAUAUAAAUAAUAAAGGAAGAUAUACUCCUUGCAUAAAUUCUGAAAAACAUAAUAUGGAUUAUGAGUGUCUUAAUAAAACAAAUACUUUGUGGUUCAUCAUCCCCUUUGCAAGUCAAAUUAAAAAUAACAGUCAAAUCUAUUUACUAAUCAAUACAGGAAUAUUUAAAUAAAGUUAAUAAGUAUAGUGAAAUUAUUAAUUCUAAAUCUAUAAGAGUUUGUCAUUCUUUAUCAAAAAAUCUUUUUGCAUUUAUAUCCUCAGUUAAUAAUAGAAAAUUGGAUACUUUUUAUAACAGCCGUAACUUAAAUAAAAAUGAUGUUAGGGUAAAUUACAAUAAUAGAAGACAUAUAACCGAUAUUAACUUUCUUCCUAACCCUAAUAAUAGAAAUAAUAAAAAUGAAAAUAAUUCUAUUAAUAAUAAUGUUAAUAUGAAUUGUGAUUGUAGGAUUAAAGAAAAUUGUAAACUUAAUAAUAACUGUAAACAGGACAACCUGGUAUAUAGGUAUAUAGUUAAAUCUGAAAGAAAGGCAUACCAUUACAUAGGCUCAGCUGAAACUAGAUUUAAACGAAGAAUCGCAAACCAUGAAAGUUGUUUUAGAAAUAGGCAUAAAAUUAACAAUACUAGUCUCAGCAAAUUUAUAUGGAUGUUAAAGGAUAAUGGAAAUGAUUAUACAAUUAAAUGAGAGGUUGUAAGCCAUGCUAUAGCUUACCAUAUUUCAAAUAGGAAAUGCUGUUUAUGUACCAAAGAGAUUUUUCAAAUUAUAGAAUCUAAACAUAAAUUCUCAAAACGAGAGUAUUUUAGCUUGUUGCUACUAAUCAAAAUGUGUUUUUAGAAAAUUUAAUUAAUUAGUGGAUUUAUAUUAAACUGGAAAUUGUAAGUAUAGACAUGUUACCACUACUCGUAAUAUGUCUUUAGAAAAUUAAUUAAUUUAGUAAAUUAAUAAUUAAUUGAACUGAAAAUUAUAAGUAUAAAUAGGAUAUAAAAUAAGUAUUAAAUAAAGUAUAUAACAUCUAAACACAAAUUAACUAACAUGGAGAGGAUGAAUAUUUUAAUUUGUUGUGAUUAACCUAAGCACAAUUUUAGAAAAUCAAAUAAAUUUAUUAAGUAGAUAAUAAAUAUAACCAAACAUUAACCUAUUCUAAUUUGUUUUGAUUAACCUAAAUAUAAUCUAGAAAAAUUAAAUAAAUUUAUUAAAUAACUAAUGAAUUAAACCUAACAUUAAAAAUACAAACAUAAUAUAAUAACUAUGGCUUAAUUUAAACAUCACACAUGUAUGUAAUUUAAGGAAAUUAUUAAUUGUCAGAAAUGAAAAGAAAAUUGGUUAUUUAUCAGGUAUAAUGUUUAUCUUUUUUUCCCCCAUAUACUGUCAUCAAUUACAUUUUUGUCUAGUGACAGUUUUACCCUUAAAAUACACUUCAUGUUAGAAUUUAUGAAAGUAUAUACAAAAUAUGCAUCCCUCUUGUCCUUAAAUAUUUGCCAAAAAAUUCUUUAUUUGCUAUUAGUUAUUCAAAAAAGAGCAUGAAUUGACAGUUUUUAGAAUGUUGGGCAAAAUGCCUUGUGGUAUUUACUUUGUCUCUUUACAUUCUGAGUUCAUAUCUUACCAACAUCAGGAAUUAUUAAUUAUUUAAUAUUUAUAACUAUUUAAUAUUUGUAAUUAUUUACUCUUUUGGGAGAUCUUGGUAAUGUUGAAAUUAAUAUUUUUUUUGUUAUCCUUGAUAAUUAUUUUGCAAAGUUUAUUAAAAUUCUGUUCUUUCUAAAUAUUCUUUUUUUCUGAUACAAACUAACCCAUGGAAAUAUUGUCGAGUUA